UGCUGCGUUCAUCGGCAGAUCCGCAAAGGUCUGCUGGCUAGUGGCACGUACUGUGACGCUCCGCUGUUGGCGUCCAUUCGCGCUUGACUAGCUAGACGCAGAGCGUGGUGUAGCCGCCGGUCGAGAGCGUCUUCCUCUCAACUUCGGCACUCGCUGACGCUCCUCCGCCCUUUCUCGCUCUCACACCGUACACCUACCUCCUCCUCAUCUUCCACCCCGGCUUCACACCUGCUGCUGCCGCUCGCUGCCUCCUGCCAUGCUGCUGCUGCUUGCGGCAAAGUGUCGUACGUUUGACCGCACGCGUCUUUUCAUCUCGACCGACGGACCGCGCGACGUCAGCAGCAAGCGGCGUGCUUCGGUCCAGUUUCCCCCUCUGCACGCCUUGCAGCUCUUUUGCAGGACGCUAGCCUCGCGACCUCGCAGCCGAAAAUUGCCAAACCCAGGCCUUUGGAUCAGUUGCUUCAGAUCAGCGGUAGCGUGUGUGUGUGUGUAUCGUCCAUCACAGCCCACACUCUCGCUCUGGCAGUACUCGAAUCCAUCUCGACGUCCUCGCACGUCGGCUCUCCUGCCGUAUCCUUUAAACGACAGCUGCAAGCAGGCGCGCGUCCGUUCAACGGUAUUCAAUCUCCGACGUCGUUCUAGCGUCAAAAAUCUCUGGAGACCUCCCGCUCCUCCGUUCGCAGCGCAGAGAGCUGGUCACGCGAGCGAGCAACCUCUAUAUAGACUGUCGUACGCGAUCACCUUUCUUGCACUCAGCGCCACCAAUCGAGGACCUCAAGGCAAGGCAUCUGGAUCGAAGAUGACUGACCAGAUCGAGCAAGAGAAAGGCUCUAGCCGUUCGACGGCCUCUUCCGCAUCCCCACCCUCCUUCAACACUGGUUCUGGCUACCAUGCACCUGCGCCAGGAAAGGAGAGCGCAUGGGGCGCUGCUGGGUCUCUGGACGGGUCUGCAUCCAGCGCUCUCGAUGCUCUUCUCUACCCGGCCGACUGCUACAAUGCAGACAAGGUGUACUGGGCUUCGCUCCCAUGGUCACAAAAGUCGGCCUUUGUCAACGAAGUCUCGAACAAGGAGGCCAAGAGGGAGCUUUCAGAGAUCGGACGCAUGUUCAAGGCUGACCCUCUGAGUCCUAUCCGAGCGUACUUUUCCAACUACGUCAUCACCGGUAUGGGUCUAUUCGUCGAAGGUUGGGUGCUUUUCAGCGUCGGAAAUCUUCAACCGCUGUUCAAGGCCGUGUGGCCCGAGUGCUUCAGCACGCAUCGAGUGUGCAACAAGUACUGGACCAGCGCCAUCGAACCCUUGGAAAUUGCCGGUAUCAUCAUUGGUCAGAUCUGCGUCGGUGUGGAGGGCGAUUGGAUCAGCCGCAAGUUCGGAAUGGUGCAAGAUGCCGUCGUCCUCACCAUCUUUUCCAUCGGUCUCACGGCCAUGUGGGGAACGACGCUCAACGGAUGGGUCAUCUGCUGGGCAAUUCUUCUCUUCUUUUACGGUUUUGGUGUAGGUGGUGAAUACCCCGUCACUGCUACCCGCGCUAUGGAAGCUAGCUCCGGCCGCGGUGCUGGUGCGGCAGAUCGCAUGCACAGAGGCAGAAAGACAGCUCUGGCCUUUACCAUGCAAGGAUGGGGUCAAUUCGUCAACCAGACGCUUUUGAUUCUCCUUCUACUCGUCUUCCAUCACGGCUCUCUGGAACCACCGUUUAGCAAGGCUUCUGCGCAGUGGACUUUUAGGGUACAGUUCGCCAUCGUCUCCGUGCCUACCCUGUGGCUUGCGUACCACCGCUACUACAAGAUGGACUUUACUCAGGACAAGCGUCUUGCCGAAGCAAAGAAGAAGGCGGGCGACAAGAGCGGCACGUCUGGCUAUUCAGCCGCUUCGCUGAAGCUGGCAUGGAGUCACUACUGGCACCGCAUCGUCGGCACGGCCAUUGUAUGGCUUGCCAACGACGUUGCGUUCUACGGUAGCAAGCUCUUCUCGGGUGUCUUUAUCGGCCUGAUCACUGGCAGUCCCAGCAACCUCAAGCUGACAUGGCUCUACUCGCUGCUCAACAUUGGCGUAUCUCUAGUCGGCUACUAUCUCGCCGCUCUGGUCAUCGACCACAGGAUGUACGGUCGCAAGUGGAUGCAGGCAAAUGGUCUGGCUAUGCUCUUCAUCAUCUUCACCGUCUGCGCUGCGGCAUAUCCCCAGCUCACUACGCCAGGUGCUGGUCUCAAGGCUUUCCAGGCUAUUUAUCUCCUCAGCGGCUUCUUUACCCAAUUUGGCCCCAACACUACCUCUUUCUUGCUCGCUGCUGAAGUUUACCCCACCAUGAUCCGAUCGACUGCGCACGGUGUGUCAGCUGCGUCGGGCAAGCUUGGAGCUAUGAUCCCCGCAGUGGCGUACUCCUACAUCGACAGCAACUCAGCCAAGUUCAUCAUCGUCGCAGCCUUCUCCUUGGCUGCGUGGAUCCUCACCAUGGUGUUCAUCCCAGACACCACUGGGUUGGCGCUGGACGAGCAAGACCGAUACUGGUCCUUUGUGCUCGCUGGCAAGGCGCACGAGUACCACGGGGUAGCCGUGCAUCCUCGACAUUUGUCGCUUUACGAGCGCGUGGUGCUGAAGCGACACCUAGCCUACGAUGCGGAGCUGGACGCUCAGCAAAAGAUUCACGAGAUGAGAAGAGUGUUUGAGAGCACGCAAAAGGAGGGCGAGAAUGACUUGUCUGUGCAGCAGCAGGACUUUUUGGCAAACACCAACGGAUCCGGCCUGCAGCAGUACUUCCUGAGCGAGAGGAAGCUCAAUCCUCAACCCAGCCCUGAGCAGGAUCAGAUCGUCGCUAGCCAGCAUCGUCAUCCUCAGCAUCAGUCCAAGCUUGCAGAACUCGAAGGCAAGCUGAGAUGAAAGUUAGCUUUCACGCCAUGCUCCCCACACGUCGAAACGACGCCUUGUAACAUCACAUCGUUCCACUCACCCGCCCCUCUAGGCUGUUGACAUUCAAAAUUGAAACGACACGAAAGCUCUUAUAGACUUGUCCUCAUUUAAUGACGAUUCCAUUCACGAG